AUGGAGGGACGUGAGGCCGGAGAGGAUGUUUGCCAGAAGGAGAGUGGCAACUCAGCUAUGUUCAACGUAACAUCAUUCAAGUGUGGUGGUUUUGCAAUCGGCAUGUCUACGAAUCACAUCUUAUUCGACGACCUAGGCGCCAAGGUAUUCCUCCUAAACCUAGCUUCCCAAUCUAUCGAAAACAAACCCUUAGCCACCGUACCCUAUAACGACCGUCGGAUUCUCGCCACUAGAUCUCCACCGCAUGUUUCCUUUCCUCACUCAGAGUUCCUCAAAUUCGACCUCCCCGUGGGCCCGGGGUCAACUCCCCCAAAGUUCGACUGCAUCAUAGAAGAACUCGAUUUCAAAAUCUUCAAACUCAACACAACUCAUAUAUCCCACUUAAAGGACGAUAUUACUAAGACCUCCAAAAUUGAAAGAAUUAGCACCCUUGCGGUGGUAGCCGCCCUAAUCUGGCGGUGCAAAGCCUAUUCCGAUGAUAAAAAUAGGGUUUGCACCUUGCUCAACGUUAUCGACAUUAGGCCAAGAGUGAACCCCCAUUACCAUAUUCGUACUCGGCCAAUGCAGUGCUCCCCUUCGGAUUUUCAGAAACUUGUGAAGAGAUAA